GAGAAAUAUGGGGAUGUCUUCACGGUAUACCUGGGACGGAGGCCCAUGGUCAUGCUGUGUGGGAUAGAGGCCAUAAAGGAGGCCCUGGUGGACCAGGCUGAGGACUUCUCUGGCCGGGGCAAAAUCGCCAUCCUUGAGACAGUCUUCCAGGGAUAUGGCGUGGUCUUUGCCAAUGGGGACCACUGGAAGACCCUCCGGCGAUUCUCUGUGGCCACCAUGAGGGACUUUGGGAUGGGAAAGCGGAGCGUGGAGGAGCGAAUUCAGGAGGAGGCUCAGUGUCUGGUGGAGGAGCUGCGGAAAUCCAAGGAGAGAGUCCAUAAGGACACUGAACAGGUGAUUGGCACACAUCGCCACCCAGACCUCAAUGACGGGGUCAAAAUGCCAUACACCGACGCUGUCAUCCAUGAGAUUCAGAGAUUCAUGGAUAUUUUUCCCCUUGGUGUGCCCCACAUGGUCACCAAAGACACCCACUUGUUUUUUUCAGGCCUCUGCUGA